GGCAUUGUUGGGACGAUUUGGACAGAACCAUCGACCAUCGUGAAGCGAUUCUCGCUGUUAUUCGUCGUCUGCGGCCAGUCAUUUCAUAGCACAGGGAAACAUCGUGAGCGAUAACUGAAUACCAGUCACGCACGGGCUGGGGGUUGACGUGGAGGCAGUACGGGAAGGCAGUACGGUGAGUUGAAUUUGUUUGUUUGGAUGAAUGAAUGAAGGGGGUGGGAGGGGGUUUGCUAACCUCGUGUGUGUCGAGCUUCUGAGAUGAGGAUCUGGGGAUAUCUAGCAUCUGAUUCAUGGCAGCUUAGUGGCAGCUGAGUGGCAGCUUCUGUGACUGGUUAUCGCGGGAUGGAAUUGGCAGAGUCGGAUGCUUGGCCGGGGAAUGUGCCCAGUUUGGAUGACCCAACGUUUGGCUGACCCCGUUUGGCUGACUCGAUUUCGCAUUAGUAGAUGGCAGCCGCCCUGGCCACUCGCAGUCUUCUCAAGCGCGUCCCUCUCGAUUCCUCUAUUAAAGCCCUCCUCUUCCCGCUCAUUCCCUCCUCUCCCCUCCCUCCGUUCUCCUAUUUCCUUCCCUCCCGUUCCCACAUGUCUCUGUUCUCAAGACGCGACAGGGAGAAAGACGCUGUCGCCAUUGCCCUUGCUCACUCUGACCUCUCCCUCGCCGAUCACUCUCCCUUCAUGGCGACUUACGAUUCCUACGAUACUGCCCACCCUGACUCGGGCCAUAUGAUCUUUGACUUUGACGAGCUUCACACGUACGACUCCAAGUCGUCUCUCGCCGCAUGGGACUCCCCCGUCCCCGACUACCCCAUGCCCGCCUCCACACCUUCAUCGUACCUCGCUUCACCAGAGUCGACUUCUAGCCAGCUGGACUUUGGCUCUCCCCACCAUCUCACACCAUCCGACCAUGGUAUCAUGGCCGCCUACGGGGAUAUGUCCUCCGCGUCCCCAGACUUUAACGAUUCUAUCCUCUACCAUCGCAAUUAUGCCAGCUGGAUCGCCGAUCCGGACAUGUCUCCACUGCACUCUUCGUCCGCGCCAAUCGAUAUCCCUGCGCAAGCAUCCCUCAAUGACAAUUUCGCUGUUGCUUACAGCGACAACUCCUCCAUCUUCCCCGAUGUUUCCCCUUUCUCCCCAAACACCGCAUACGCCGCCCUCCAACCUCUUCCACGCUCGUUCUCGCCGUCGCCUGCGGGCGACACCAUUAUGACAGAUACAUUGCGUGGAUACAACGAGCCUUCGUCUCUCGACUAUCAGAUGAGUCCCCCGACAUGGGCCACUCAACUCUUUACGGCACCGAGUCCGGCUCAACAGCCACGUCCGGCGCCGCCUCCACUUGAGUCAGUUACGACUGCCCAGGCUAUUCCUUUCCAGGCGGAUUCCGAGGAUGCCUUUGCAACUCAGAGGCCAAGGAUGCACCCUCAGAGACGAGACAUUGCUUCCGUGUCUCAGGUAUUCCAAUCGUCUAGUGCGCCUUCCAUUUCGCAUGCCCGUCCACGCACAAUUUCGAGAGGGUACAGUCGACGGGCGGAGUCUAUCUCGGAGAGCGACGAUCGCGAUGCCACUGUGCGUAGAAAGCGACGAAGUCCGACAGAGGACGAAGAGGAACCUCGGGCCGCACCUUCUGACAGAGAGAAAAGUCCUCCGAUCAAGUCUACGUUGAAGCCACCGAAGUUGGCGCCGUCGGCGUGGCAGCUUUAUUUUACGGAUUGGAUCCAGCGGCAUCAGGCUUCGAGUCACAAGAAGCUGAACGUUGCGCAGGCGGCGAAGGAGGCCGGGCAGGAGUACGCCAGGCUUACUUCCGAACAGAAGGAGCCUUAUCGCCGGCGCUCCCAGGCAGCCAAAGAAGCGCGCGAACGCGAGUUGGCUGCAUAUAUGCGCACGCUGACUCCUGAAGACAUCAAACGCGAGAACGCAUUCCGGACUGCUCAGCGAAAGGCGGGCAAGUCACGUCGGGGAAAUAUCAAGGAUCCCAAUGCGCCCAAGAAACCGUUAAGCGCGUAUUUCAUGUUCUUGCAAAGGAUUAGGAGUGAUCCGGAAUUGGUGAAGGAAGUGUUUGGCGAUGAGACAGAGACGACAAAGCAGAGCGUGCUUGCGGCGGCUAAGUGGAGAAGCAUGACGGAUGACGAGCGCAAGCCGUUCUUGGCUCAAGCCGAACAAGAGAAACUCGAAUACGAGGCAGCGAGGAAACUCUAUGAGGAAGGGACGACGGGGUAUAGCUCGUCUAUUAACUUUAGUAUCCUCCCUGGAGGCCCGAUCAACGCCAUCGCUUUCCCUUCGUUUAAAGCCAGUUCAGGGAUAGCUAGGGUCAAACACGAAGGGGCGAGUGAGGAGAGUGAGAGUGAUGGUGGAUUUUUGACGGAUGAUAGUGCCAGCCAUAGUAGUGGGGCUGAGGGGUUGAAUGGUGCGAAGGGGACGGGUCUUUUGAAGAUGACGACUCGAUCGAGACGGGCGUAGGUGUUGCUGUCGUUCUAUGAUGCAGUGCGUCGCCGUCGCCUUUUCUUUUAUUUUGCUUUUUAUUGGUCGCGAAAUUUGGCUGCCGGACCUUCUUUUCUUUGUUUGCUUGUCGAUUCACUUGAUACCUCUCAUAGAGGUUACCCUGUUCACAUUUACCCCCAAGUCUUCACGACUAUCUUUGCGUAUAUGCGUCUCCUUAUGUUGUUUUCUUGACGUUUUCACGUUUCGACGUUCAUGUCCUUUUUUGUCUUCGACAUUUUUUGUGUAUUCGGUAUACCAUAUACCAAUGCUUGUUGUCAUUGACUCGAGCCACAACACACACCCCUUUAUUAUAAACUUAUGAUCUGCCGAGCAUCAUGGACCCCCUGCUCCUUUCUUUGCUUGUAUGUUUAUCUCUCUGUAUCAUGUAUACCACCAAAGACUUCCGCUUGUCUCUCGUCUUAUCAGCAUCUCACCCACUACCACCGCUCCUGCAUCACCCCUGUCUCUUCCUUAUUAUAUCCCCCUGCACAUUACAUCUUCCUGUAUUGAUAGCUCUUAUUUAUCCACUACACACGCCCUCCUUUCUUACCCCCUUCAUAUUGGUUGGGCUCUCAACGUUCAACUCUUAGGCUGGAGGCGUUGUGUUCUAGCUUAUAGGUUUUUGGGUACAAAUUCUUAUACGACAUUCGUUCUAUCUGGUUUGUUGCUUAUGAUGAUUAGUUUAUUGCACUGUGACGACCCCCUUGACGACCUCCCACUCCACCUCUGUAUUCUUAUAGUUAUUUCCUUCUCCUCUGAAUUUCUACGUACCAAAAGGAAUUGGGUUGUACUGUAGUACGUCGACCGCAAAUCAUACACGAAUACACGAAUAGGCGAAUAUUCCAAUACCCCC